AUUUAUGCUAGAACGCUUUUCAAACACUACGGGUAUCCACUCUGGCACGCAUCUCCUGAGUUAGACAAAGAGUAUGGUCCUCGGGAGGUCGAGCUUGGCUCAGUGGGAUGGGUUGACGAAGGGAGAUUUCGUCAUCUCUUCAACGCUAGGAAAGCAGAAGACGAUCCUUUCAACGUGGGUAGGGUGCCCGAGGGUUUUGUGCGUUUCAACCCGAAGAAUUUGCACGAGACUCAACCCGAGGCCGUCAUCAUCAAACCAUACGUCGCGAGUCAGCACAUUUCAAACGUGUCUGUUUCGGGAGAUGCAAAUGCGAGUCCCGCUGCGCUAGUGAGUGCCGGAGGUGGCCUCUCCUUCUCGUGCUCUCAGGACACAGGCGCUGUCCUAGUUUUAGAACCUCCCGCAAUGCAGACGAAAUUCACUCAGAGACGACACAUUAUCACCUAUUUGCGUACUCACUUCGAGAGUUGGUCCGAGUACGCCAAUAGCGAGGAGUGCGGCCUAACUAUCAAGCAGGAGGAUCUGCGGUUCGUGUCGGGUACAGUGAAGACGACGAGGUGGGCGAGCUCGGCGUGGGCCGGGAGCCACAAGAACAAGCAGGCGUCGGUGACAGUCCAGGUGCCGAAUAUGGCGAGCCUCGAUCUCAAAGUUUCGGUCGAAGAGCAAAACUUACCAUAUAGCUGGUACAAUAAGGGGCCGAUCACCGAUCCAAAGUCGAAGGCGCCAGCCGUUGGUCUGCUCACGAACCAACAAGCGAGCCUUCCGUCGACGACAUCGACGGAGGAGACAAGGGAUCAGUGUCUCUUCUUCAACUACUUCACGGCGAAGAAGCGGCUCUGGUUCAACCGAGUUAUGCAAGGGGCGGCCGGUCCACACCAACUUCCACCCGGCGGACCUGACCCCGAGGGUAAUGAACCCAUAGGUGGCGAAUCAGGCUCGGACGAUGAGGCACUAUCGACGUACACAUCGUACAAUCCAGUCGCGUAUUUACUCGACUACAUCCUCGCACACUCGGAAGCGGACAUGGCAAUUGCAUCCGACAGAGAUCUCAUCGCAAUUUUUGGAGAAGAAGGCGUACCUGAAGACAUAUAUGCUGGCUUGGAGGAACUCCAGCCCGAAGUCGAGGUAGACGAGAGUGGAGUGGGAACGGUCUCUGUCGACACGACUUGGCUAGACAAACAACUUGCCUCAGAGACUGCCAUAUUAACGAGGACAGAAGGCGAUAUUAACGAAGCGGGUGCUCACUCUGGGUCUGAAGAGCUGCAAGCGACGUUAGGCGGCCCAGAGACGGAAACCACCUCCUUCGAUCAUCAGAAUCCUCUUGAACAAGACCCCGAGGACGAAGACGAGGACGAUCCUGAAGCUGCGGAGCGCAGGAAGGCCCAGAUGGCUGUCUGGGAGCCCGCCGCCAACGGCCACACUGGAUCCAUCACCGCCCUCGCUGUCUCGCCUGACAGCAAGUGGGUCGCGAGCGGAUCCGACGACACAAUGAUCAUCCUGUGGGACACUGAGGAACAGUCGGUUGUUCGGAAGUGGGAGUCGCACGGCGACAUCGUCUGGCACCUCGCAUUCUCCCCAGACAGCGCGCGCCUGGCAUCAUCUGGCGGCGAGGGAAGGAUCAUGAUCUGGAAUGUCGAUGGCGGAGAGCAUCUCGGGACGCUCGGGGGCCAUACGGAGGCGGUUCACACCGUCGUCUGGUCUCCAGAUGGCACCAAACUCGGGUCGGGCUCGGACGAUAUGACCGUCCGUAUCUGGGACGCGCAGAAUUACGAGUGCUUGCACUUGCUCGAGGGUCAUAACGCCAUGGUCACCUUCGUGCUAUUCUCGCACAACGGCCAGUACCUCGCCUCGGGUGGCGCGGACUACAACUGCCGCCUGUGGAACGUGGACACGGGCACGUUGCACAAGGAGUUGACCGGCCACCGCGGGAUGGUGUGGACCGCUGCAUUCGAUCCAGUAGACAACCGUAUCGCGACGGCUUCGGAUGACGGAAGCGUGCGUGUCUGGAAGGUCGAGACGGGUGAGGAGCUGGUGGUGCUGCAUGAGCAUCACGGGCCCGUGUGGGUUGUGGCGUUCACUGAGGACGGGAAGGAGAUCCUGUCCGGUUCGAGCGACUCGACACUGAAGAUCUGUGACUCAUUCAGCAGCAAACGAGUCGCCAUUAUGGAGGGUCACGACAGCAUGGUGAACGCAGCGUCCCUCUCGCCGGAUGGGCGAUAUAUUGCAUCAGCGUCGUCGGACAACACUGUACGGUUUUGGCGGAAGAAGGACGGGACAAACAUGAAGACGUUCAACGAGCACAACGAUAAGGUAACGCACGUGGUAUUCUCCCCCGAUGGGGUGACUUUGUCGUCUGGUUCGGACGAUGGGACUGUCCGCAUUCGUGUGCUCAAGGACUUCGUCAAGCUGGAUUGAGGGACAAAACAUUACUAGAUCCCAUCUCCUAUGUUCACUUCCCUCUCGCUCCAUGUUAUACAGCAACUGUGGCCCCUGACCUUAGCCCAUUUCGUCUAUUCCCACUUGGUUUCGGUCUACUUCACGUACAUAUAUAUAAUGAGGAUAUCGUGUACAAGCAACAUCGAUCAACCCUUUGGCAUGCCAUCAUAUAACAUAGUCAAUGAGAUACGGGCCAAAGAUCCUGCCACUAGUGCCCUGAAGACGUCCCUAUUGCUACAUCAAGAGGCGCCGGAUGUGCACCGUUCCAUCGUGCGAGCCGGAUGCGAGCGUCGAUCCAUCGGACGAGAACAUGACCGACGUAACAUUGUCAUUGUGCUCAUUGUACGUCGUGUGGCUCGACCCGUCACUGGCAUUCCAGAGUCGCACCGUGUUGUCGGACGCGGCGGAAGCGAUGAACUUGCCAUUAGGCGAGAACUCAACCGCAUUGAUCAUGCUGUCAUGCCCGUCGAGUGAGAGCUGUCUGUCUCCAGUGAAGGAGUCGCAGAUCUUCACCGUCGAGUCACUCGAGCCAGACGCGAUGCGCUUGCCGUCGGGCGAGAAGGCGACCGUCCAGACUGGGCCAGUGUGCUCGUGCAGAAUGACGAGCGCCUCACCCGUCUCCGCGUUCCAAAUACGACUACUGCCAUCGUCGGACGCAGUGAUGAUACGGCGAUUAUCUGGCGAAAACGCGGCGGCACAGACCAUGCCGCGGUGUCCCUCGAGCACGUUCAAGGGCUCUCCAUCCUCGAGCUUCGCCGUCUCCCAGAUGGUGCACACGCUCUCGGUGCCACCAGUAGCCAUGAGUCGGCCGUCGGGCGAGAAGAUGACGAAGGUUACGACCGCAGUGUUCUUGUCGAGCGUCCGAACCUCCUCGUACGUCUGGGCGUUCCACAGGUAUAGCGUUCCGUCGCUGGCACCUCCGAUGAGGAAUCGCCCGUCAGGUGUGUACACGAGCGAAUGGAUAGCAUGGUCAGGCUGAAUCCUCAAGUGCAAUCUGCCAUUCGCGACGGCCCAGAUGAUGACCCCCUCGUCAUGCGAAGCCGAUGCGAGGUAGAUGUUAUCGCGUGAGAACGCUAGCGCGGAGAUCGUGUCCGUGUGGCCGAUCUCGGGGGGGAUGGGCACCUUGUGCCGCACGCUGUUCGUAAGGGCAUCCCAGAUGAUGAUCGUCGUGUCCUCUGAUCCACUCGCGACGUACUUGCCGUCCGCAGAGUAGGCGAGUGCGGUGACGGACCCGUCGUGUAUGCUCGUUGGGGCGUUGAAGUCCGGACGUUUGCCUUCCGCCUUACUGCCACCGUCUCCCAUCUCCUCAUCGUCAUUGGUAUUCUGAGGGUAAGGCGGAGGUGGAGGUGGAGGAGCCAUCCCUCCAUGCGAUAGUAGCGGAGGAUUCGCAGGUGGGAGUGGAGGAUUCUGGGCCGGAUGAAUGCGAUCUGCAGGCAAAUACCCCAUGGGCGUUGACAAAGGUAUCCCUGGAGGGUACGCGCCCUGCGGUGAUCGUGGCGUAUCGAGCAUGGAAACAGCAACUAGGGGACUCAUUCCCUGGGAGUACAUGUCCUGCUGGUAAGGCAUGCCGUGCUGAUAUUCCACACCCAAUUGAAGUGGCAUCCCUUGCGGAUGUUGCAUUCCUUGAGGGUACUGGUAUCCAUGAGAGUACAUCGAGGGGUCACCCAUUCCGCCGUAGGAAGGUGCGGCUGACGAUCCAGCAGGAUCCCAGCGGCCGUAGGCUUGAGAAGGGCCAGCGAACUCCAUGGGCACGUGAUCGUUAUCGUGAGGAACCUCGUCGCCCAAGUACCUGCCACGCUUUUCUUCGCGUAAUCGAUCUUCGGCAUCUUCCUCCUGCCUAGUCCUACGUUUCCGCAAGAAUGUAUAGUUCACCGAUACCGUCCCCACUCCGUACUCGUCAACUUCAAUGCUUGGUCCUAGCUGUGCGAUCGCUUCCGGGACGUCCUCAGGGAACUUCCGAUUCAUGAAGAGCGCAAUCAAAUCCAGAUCUGAUGCAACUGCCAUAGCGGCUUCAGAAUUCUCUAGGAUGUACGUCAGAAGGUGGUCCACAGGAUCGUAAGUCUCUUCUUGCACUCCAUCAGGUUCAAAGUCAUAUGGGGAGGAACCACGGGCGCCGACCAUCGGCGCGCCCAAUCCCGAGUUGUCUGGCCCAGGAGGCAGUUGAUGAGGACCGGCCGUAGCCUGCAUCGGUUGCUGCCGAAGCCAGAAUCGACGCUUCAUCUUGUAAUAGUGGAUGAACAAGCACUGGCUCGGGCCUUGAAUGGCGGCGUCGCUAGGGCUCGGAUAGCCGGGAUACGACGCUUGACGCGACAAAUCUGCCCAGCUGUCCCGCCGCGGGGGGCCAGUGCGAUAGAAGUUCGCAGGUAGGAAUUCGUUCGAUAUCUUCACGGAGAAGCCUGCGCUCGCGGUGGGACCGAAAUCGCCCGAAACGUAUCCCUCCUUACUACGAAACACGUUCCCUUGGAAUGCUGCGACUGCCCAAUGCGUCGUCUUGAGGGUGCCGCAGACAAAGAGCAUCUGUUGUUCAUUAAGAUCAAGGCCCCAGCUGCUGGAAGCGUUCGCAAAUUCGAGCCAGCGAGUGAAAUUCUCCCGCAUGUGGUUGACGAUGUGUCGCUUGGACUCGAUAUCCUCGGCGAUACCCGGAGGCGCGAGCAUGACGAAUGCCCCGGAAUCAGAGGUAGAUUUGAAAGAGAAACCAGCUCCCGCAACUGCGGGUAGCCCGCCAGCGUUAGCACCCACAUCUCCUUGAGCCUCGAUCGUACGUAUACUGGAGCUGGCGACGACCUUCUGACCGAUCCUCUCACAUCGUCCGAUAGAGACGUUCUUGGGAUUGAACAACUGAAAAUCCAAGGGGACGCCCUUCUCCUCAUUGACGGGAUCGUCCUCUGGCUUCAUGCAGUUGAAGAGAGCACGGAACUCGCCUUGCUUGAUCCAUCCCACAUCUCCAAUGUAGACCUGUCGUCCACGGUCUCUGCUCGGCUCCGGGAUCCAGAGCGGGUAGCCGAAGCCCAUGGGGAACAGCUGCUCGGCGUAGAUAUUCCAAGGGUUUUGUUGUGGGGGUGGCAUAAUGGACAAGACUAGUAGACGCAGGAAGGGGCUAUUAUACUAGAUUUGUAGGCAG